AUGGACGCGCGGGCGCAGAUGGUGAACGGUGACCUCUCGGGGAACGAUUCGGACCUGGAGGAGAAGAAGAGCCUGAAGGAGGCCUGCGAGACGGAAAAGGCUGAGGCCGAGGCCUUCUUGGCCCAGCUGCGCGAGCUCUGCUCCGAGAAGGCCGCGCAGUACGAGAAGCGGGUGCAAUUGCGGUCCAACGAGGAGACGGCGAUCGCCCAGGCCAUUUCCAUCCUUAACAGCGAUAUGGCUUUCGAAGCCUUCGGUAAGGUGGCCGCCACGAAGGGGGGGCGACCCGCUUCGUUCCUGCAGUUGAAGGGCAACCGCAAGGGCAACGUGGUCAUCGGCAGCGUCGCCAUGCGCAAGCGCGCCGACGCCAUGCUGAGGAGCGCGGCGCAGUCGCAGCACUCUAUGAAGGCCGCGAAGAUUGCGUCGCUGCUGGAGGCGGAGAACCCGUUCACGACAGUGCUGGAGGCGAUUAAGCAGAUGCUGUCCGUCAUCUCCGAGGAAGGCGAGAUGGACGCCGAGAAAAAGAAGUGGUGCGACACUGAGCGCCAGCAGAGAAACGAAGCCCUCCAGCAG